AUGGCCAAAGUGGCGGCGGAAAGUUGCGGGUCGGCGCCGGCCGAGGACUUGUCCAAGGUGUCGGACGAGGAGCUGCUCAAGUGGAGCAAGGAGGAGCUGAUCCGCAGCCUCCGCCGCGCCGAGGCCGAGAAGAUGAGCGCGAUGCUGGACCACAGCAACCUCAUCCGCGAGGUGAACCGCCGCCUCCAGCUCCACCUCGGCGAGAUCCGCGGCUUGAAGGAUAUCAACCAGAAGCUGCAAGAGGAUAACCAGGAGCUGAGGGACCUGUGCUGCUUCCUGGACGAUGACCGGCAGAAGGGCAAGAAGGUGUCUCGGGAGUGGCAGCGGCUGGGCAGGUACAGCGCCAGUGUGAUGCACAAGGAGGUGGCCUUAUACCUGCAGAAGCUGAAGGAACUGGAGGUGAGACAGGAGGAGGUGGUUAAGGAGAACCUGGAGCUGAAGGAGCUGUGUGUGCUGCUGGACGAGGAGAAGGGUGGCGGAGCCGGGAGCCGCAGCUCCAUCGACAGCCAGAUCAGCCUGUGCCAGCUGACAGCGACGAGCGCCUACAUCAGAGACGUCGGGGACGGCAGCAGCACCUCCAGCACGGGCAGCACGGACAGCCCAGACCACCACAAACACCACCCCAGCACCAGCCCAGAGCACCUGCAGAAGGCUCGGGGGGAAGGAAGCCCCGAGCACCAGAAGCACAGGAGUAUCAGCCCGGAGCACCUGCAGAAGCCCCGCGGCUCCGGCAGUCCCGACCACCACCUGAAAGGGCCGAGCCCCGAGCACCACAAAACCAUCGUCAAAGUCCCCGACCAACAAAAGCACAGCAGCAGCAGCCCAGAAACUAUCCCAAAGCACGUUUUGAGUAGUAGCCCUGAACACUUUCAAAAGCAGAGGCCUGGUGGCAGCCCCGAGCACCAAAAGCACAGCGGUGGCAGCCCAGAGCACCUCCAGAAGCACACGCCGAGUGGGAGUACAGAGCACCUGCACAAGGUGAGGGGCACCAGCCCAGAGCACCUCAAACAGCACUAUGGAGGCAGCCCCGAGCACCUCAAACACCUCAGCGGAGGCAGCAGGGAAGGGACCCUCAGGAGACAAGUGACAGAGGACCUGUCCCCUCACCACAGGAGUAUUUACAACGGAAUGAAUGACUCAACCUUGUCCUAUGUUAGGCAGCUGGAGGCCAGAGUAAGACAGCUGGAGGAGGAAAAUCGCAUGCUGCCCCAGGAGCCCGGUAGGAUGCCCGGCGGGGCGGAGGGGAGGCCCUGCCCCGCCCAGCCAGCCAGCGUGGGGGGACAUGGCUCAGCCUCUGCGCAGCCUGACUCAGUGGUAAAUGCUCUGAAGGUUGUGUGGAGGAAACUUGGAGAUGCUGCAGGGUCGUGCCCUGGAAUUAGGCAACACUUGUCAGGAAAUCAGUAUAAAGGACCCAUGUAACGGCCUCCCUGAAGAGCAGGAGUUGGAAGUGCCCGUGAGAGGGAAGGAACUGGCUGCCCCCACAUUCCCACUGACGACGGGGUGCGUGGAUGCACUGCACGAGCCUCAGCUGGACACCAGAGCUGCUGCACAGGGGGCUGUCCGUGCUGCCAGCGUCCCUGCUGCUCCAACAUCCUGCCUAGUGACACGCUGCACCCUCUCUGCAACACUCCACCCUUAGGAGCACUGAGGUAUUUCCAUCCUAACUCCACACACACUUGGGAUUCUGCAGGAGCUACGCGAAAUAAGUUUUAUUUGGGUUGGUUGCAGCGAGUCUCUGAGAGGUGUGAACGAGUUUUCCGCUGGAUCUGAGAGAGGUUGGAGAGACGUGGAUAAACUGUGCCUUUGGUCUCCGCAGUUCUGAGAAAGUCGCUUCUUAGUAACCCCCCCUUCAGCCUGUAAAGGACCCGUUAAUGGUGCUUAGGCAAUUCCCAGGUGAUUCCUUUGCUUUGGUAGAUUAACCUGCCUUCGGAGGUGCUAAAAGACCACAAAGUCCUAACCAGCCGGUAGUGUAGCACAACUACAGUCCUUGUAGUGACCCACAAUUUCUUUCUAAAGGAAAGUCGAGGUAGCUUUCUCUUGAUGCACAUCUUCUGAAGAGGUGUAGGGUGUUGGCAGCCCUUUAGUGAACAGAAUACUUAGGCAUGGCUAGCACAGGUCUCUCAGAUCACAAUCUCCAUCAGAAUUCCUUUUGGAAAGUAUUUUCCAGCUGUCAGGAUGCUAAUUUCUAAAUGUUCAAUUUAGAGACGUGCUGGUUUAUUUAACAAGAGCCUGUAAGGAUCCAAAACAUUGCACUGCAUUAUUAAAAAAAAGCUUUCCUUGCCACUGUAGCGUUCUUUCAAAGAAAUAGGGGUUUAUUAUCCUCAGAGCAUGUCUUUCAUUAUUACGAGGCAGAAAGCUCUUGUUCAGAUUGCCUGAGAUGUGACCAGACGGCGCCCUAGAUGUGCUUAGUUUAUUUUUAUCUCUGUGUAUGACACUAGUUGUGUGUAUUGAAUUACAACAUAGGUAUUUUGUGUAUAUCUAAGAGCAAUGAUAGUUUCAUGUAUGAAUGUGCAACAGGCUUGGGACUGAAUGGCUGUUGCUUCACUUUUUACCAUAGCUGAGCGUCAAAAAAAAAAGAGACUAAUAAAAAACAACAAUAA